AUGAAGGAAGAAAUAUUAUCAAAAGAUGAAUAUUAUAAAAAACUAGAACAUUGGGUUAAUCAAGCUAAAUUACUCCAAAAUGCCACAGCAUGUUUCCCAUAUUAUUUAGCUGCUAAUUAUCCAAAUUAUUUUUCAUUAAAUGGAGUCAAUAUUGAUGGGUCGUCAAUUUCAACGACAUCUCCUUUAUCUGGAACAACAAAUCCAAUUCCAAAUCCUCCAACAAAUGCCGAACGUAUAAGAUUAAGUAAUCUUCAAAAUGCUUCCAAUCAAGACGAAGGAUAUGAAUUUGUUAUUGCACCUUUGUGGAAAAGAUUUGUGGCCGAAAUGGUGGAUGUUUCUAUUUUAUUGCUUCUCAAAGUCGCAAUUACAUUUACCUUUUUAAAUAUUUUCGAUUUAGAUUUAAGCUACGAAUUUGAUAGUGAUUAUUUGCGAAAGACAGUCAACGACAGCGACACUAAGUUCUUAAGCAUUGCCGAUUUACUCUCACUCUCCUCUGAUCUUGUUGCUUUGGAAAUUCUUAUGAAAAUAUUUGUCUGUCUUUACGAAGCUGUUUGGACAAUGAAUGGGCGGGUAAUUGUUGGUGGAGCAACUCCGGGCAAACUAUUGCUUCGUUUGAGAAUAGUUUAUGUUGAAAUGCUUACUGUAAGACUUGACGAACCAGCUGAUUUAAAUGGAACUGGACCGGUGCGUGCUAUUAUGUAUCCAGCAUCGAAUCCUGGUUUUCGUAGAGCUUUUUGUCGUGCUUUAGCAAAGAAUUUAGUUUUGGCUUUGCUGUUUCCGGUUUGUUUUGUUUUUUUGUUUUUAAAGAAUAAUCGAACUUUUUAUGAUGUAUUUACAAAAACUGUUGUUGUUGAGGAAAAUCCUUCGCCACAACGAAGAAGUCGUUAAAAAUGUUUUUUUUUUGAAUUUUUUAUUAUUUUUUUCUGUUUUAUGUUUCUUUUGUAAAAUAUUUAGGAAAACUUUUUGUAAUUUUUUUUUUUAUUAUUUUUCUUUAAUUUAAAAUUUGACUGCGAUCAAUGUGAAUACGCAUUAAUUUUUUUGAAUUUAUUCUAUACCAAAUGAAAAAAAACCUUGUACUUUAACAUUCUAAGAUAAAAAUAUUACAUAUUUGAAUAUUGCCAAAUUAAGGUAUUAAAAUUGAUUAGAAUUGUAUCAAUAAGCUUAAUCGAUCUUUUUAAACAAUUGUAUCAUAAAUAAACAUCUAAUCGAAAAGGAUAUUCACAAUAACCAUAA